ACAAAAGACAAGCACUUCCAUCCCGCCCUCCCCAUGUAACCUCCCAACAACUACAACGCUUUCAUAUGUGACUACAAAAUGGCAGCGUGUCUGAUCUUUGACUGGAACCUUUAAUUUGACGUAGGGGUGAUCACGUGACUACGGGGACACGCCCACAGUAGUAAAUGAAGGCUGCGUGGGUUCAGCGGUAGGAGAGGCGGCAGUUUCCAAACUAAGUGACGUCAUGGCUGUGAACGUUUACUCCACAUCAGUAACUAGUGCCAACCUCAGUCGCCAUGAUCUGCUGACCUGGAUUAACAGCUCCCUCCACAUGAGCCAUGCCAAGAUUGAGCAGCUUUGUACAGGUGCUGCCUACUGUCAGUUCAUGGAUAUGUUGUUCCCAGCAUGUGUGCCAUUGAAGAGAGUGAAAUUCCAGGCCAAACUGGAGCAUGAGUAUAUCCAUAACUUUAAAAUCCUUCAAGGAAGCUUUAAAAAGCUAGGGGUGAAUAAAAUUAUCCCAGUGGACAAGCUUGUGAAAGGGAAAUUCCAGGACAACUUUGAGUUUGUGCAGUGGUUUAAGAAAUUUUUUGAUGCUAACUAUGAUGGAAAGGAGUAUGAUCCAGAAGCGGCUCGACUGGGGCAGGAGAUCGCUGCCUCCCAGUGUCCGGCUCCAGGUUUGGCCAGUAAACCUCAGAAAGGCAGUUUGGAGACACGGAUCACUUCAGUGAAGCCCACGGCUCCAGUUGCUCCGCAGCGAAUGACCGCAGCUUCUCCCAAGAGGGCAACUCCACUGAGAGCAGAUCCAGAGCAUGGAGAAGAGCUCGUUCACAUGCUCCAUGAUCUAAAAACCAACAUUGCUGAUUUGGAGAAGGAGAGGGACUUUUAUUUCAGCAAACUGAGGAACAUUGAGCUCAUCUGCCAGGAAAAAGAGGGGGAAGCUGAUCCCAUACUGCAAAAAAUAGUUGACAUUCUGUAUGCCACAGAUGAUGGUUUUCAGAACCCUGAGGAAGGUGCUGGUGAACCAGACGAGUUUUGAACAAUCUUUAGGCAGUUGCCUGAUUUAUUGUUCAAGUGGGUGUGUUUUGCCCAUGCACAAUGCCACAUUCCUUCGGUCAGGUGCCUUUUGAUUCUUUGCUUUUGCACACCGAUGUUUGAAUGUUCUAUUUCUGUGACUUCAAAUAUUUAUAUUUGAAUUGACAGAUGACUGAUUUUGUUGUUGUUGUUGUUGUUGUUGUUAUUGUUAUUAUUAUUAUUAUUAUUAUUAUUAUUAUUAUUAAAGAUGUUUGUCUCACUUUCCACAGAAGUGGCUUAUUGGGGUUUUUAAUGUUGAUUCUAAUACUGAGGUGAGGUUGCUUUAAAGCGUGUUCUGCAGCACUGCUACAUCUGCCCUUAAACAGGUUUUGUUGCUACAUUAUGAUGCUGUUGUUCAGUUCUAGCUUUUAAUGUUACUUCCUCUAACUUAUACAUAUAAUGUGUUGUAAGCUUGUUUCGUGGUCUUGCCUCUGACAGCUUCAGUUUUUUUUUUUAAACACUAGUUAAACAUGAAAUAAAGUACAAGCACCCUGUAAGUUUCAUACAAAGCAACAAUAAAAACAAGACAAAUGUGAAUCAAACUAAAACUCAGAACAAAAACUACACUGUACCAGAAGAUGCAUGGAUUCUUUAAAACAUAAUGAAAUCAUGGGGUGUUGCUCAGAUCUGUGUUAGCUUUACAGGAACACAAGUAAUAACAUUUGGUGGAUCUGUAGCUCCCUAGUAGGUGGUGCAAACAUAAGUAAUGAACCGACAGAUCCAUGAAACCGGUAACAACCUGUUAUGCAAAGGUUUGUACCACAGAGUGAAUGCACAGUACAUGAUCAAUGGAAGAAUAUUUUCACAUUUAGUUUUGUGAUAUUAUA